ACUCAUCUUUCACUCAAAACAUAAUCCCCGCCUUCUCCAAACCAGGCUAGGCAGACAGUGCUGACUGUAAAACUGAUCGAAUAUAUACACACUGGGCGAGUUUUGCUAAAUUGGAAAUGGCAGUGUUUUCCUGAGGUUCUUAAACUGGUACGACGGUCCUAGUUCCAUAUGGCUACGUAUGAUGAGGACAUUCUGAAAAACUCUUUCUAUCUUGCAUUUCAAAAACAGUGCCCAGAUCUAUGCAGUAAAGUAUCAGAAUUCCAUGGCAUUGUCCUAGUACCUUGCAGAGAUAGCCUGACCAGUAACCACUAUCCAGCAGCCCAGUUUGAAGCUUAUGUACUGAAGCCUGUGGAUGGAGGUUAUCAGACUCUAAAUGGAAAGGAAGUCUGUAUUCAAGACAAUUUGAUAAAACUGGGAGCAGGCUUUACCACUCCAUGCACAAUUCCCAUUCUUUUUGAAGAAACCUUCUACAAUGAAAAGGAACAGAGCUAUAGCGUGCUAUGUGUAGCUCGGCCGAUUGAAACAGAGUUCUGUGCAGUUGAACCAGCCCCACCAUUAGUAUCUUAUUGCUUAAAGAAUGUGGAAGAUGUCAAGGAGGUCUUGGGUAGACACACAGAAAAACUGGACAAGUUCAUUACAGCCUUCCGUGGAACAUUCAAAGAGCAUGAAAGAAAAGGCUUACGACAUCACAUAGAUCUCGUAAAUGCACUUUACACAAAAUGUCUUCAGUGUUUGCUGAGAGACUCACGGCUAAAAGUCCUUGCUAAACAGGAGCUUCAAAUGAACUUGAUUAAGCAGUCUGUUGAAAUGUACAUACACCAUGGCAUCUAUGAUUUAAUAUUUAAGUAUAUUGGAACCAUUGAAGCUAGUCAGGAUGCUGCAUUUAACAAAACUACGAGAAGUCUACAUGACCUCCAACAAAAAGAAUUGGGUGUCAAGUCAGAAUUCAGCAUCAAUAUACCUCGUGCCAAGCGUGAGCUGAGUCAGCUGAACCGCUGCACUUCCCCACAGCACAAGCUCACCUGCCUUCGGAAGGUUGUGAACACCAUCAUGCAGGCGCCAAGACGAAGAGUUAACAUUGAGGGCAUGUGUGCCGAUGACCUUCUGUCUGUCCUCUUGUAUCUGCUAGUGAAGACAGAAAUACCCAACUGGAUGGCCAAUCUUAGUUACAUCAAGAACUUUCGAUUUUGCAACUCCUCAAAAGAUGAUCUUGGGUACUGUCUCACCUCAUUUGAGGCUGCAGUGGAGUUCAUCCGCCAAGGCAAUCUCUCCAUUGGACACAUGGUGUCAGGAAAUGUAAAUAACUUGUUCUUCAGACAGAAAAUGAAUCUGCUGUCUCAGAAUGCUGCAACCGCGAUUGACUGUCUGUUUGAGCACAUCGCCAGUGGUAAUGAGAGCGAAGUGGAAAAGCUGUUGAGUGAGGGAGAAAACGAAGAGGAAAGUAUUCCAAUGUGCCAUCCCCUGUGCUCCUGUGACAGCUGCGAGAACCAAUUAUCUGGCAGACUGAAUGACCCGUCCAUUGUCACUCCAUUCUCUAGAGAUGAUCGAGGGUACACGCCACUCCAUAUUGCUGCUAUCUGUGGUCAGUCAUCAUUAAUAGAUCUGCUGGUUUCAAAGGGAGCUGUUGUGAACGCAACAGACUAUCAUGCUUUAACUCCACUGCACCUGUCCUGCCAAAAAGGGUACCAAAGCGGGACAUUGCUGCUGUUACACUACAAAGCCAGCACCAACGUGCAGGAUAUCAAUGGCAGCACUCCGCUCCAUUUGGCCUGCAUGUACGGGCAUGAAGAUUGCGUGAAGGCACUGGUGUACUAUGAUGCACACUCCUGCAGACUGGACAUUCAGAAUGAUAAAGGAGACACUCCCCUCCACAUUGCAGCUCGCUGGGGCUAUGAAGGAGUCAUUGAGGUGCUGCUGGAGAAUGGAGCCAGUACUGAUAUUCCCAACAAGGCAAAGGAGACUCCAUUUCAGUGUGCGCUUAACUCCAAGAUUUUAGCAUUACUGGAAUUGACCAACAGUGGAUUUAGACAGAAUGCUAGUGAGUCUCCUGGAAGAUCUCCUCAGCCCUCCACAGAUACAUGCAGCCGGAGGUCAUCCACAUCAAGUGUGUCCUCCUCACUGUCCACAGACAUACACGAAAACGAGAAAGGAAAACACAAGGAGGUAGAGAAGCUGCUGAGGGCUAUCGCUGACGGAGAUGUGGAGAUGGUGCGUUACCUGUUGGAAUGGCUGGAUCAUUAUCCUGAGGAGGUUGCGGAGGUGGUAGAGGAGGCGGAGGAGGCCAGCCCGGGGCUGAAGACCGAGUUCUGUCACCCGUUGUGCCAGUGCCCAGAGUGUGAACCCGCACAGAAGAAGCUGGCCAGUGUGCGGGUGAGCGGUCUGGGUGUGAACAUCAGUAACCAGGACGGCUUCACUCCCCUGCAUGUGGCUGCUCUUCAUGGACACGCUUCCUUGGUCUCCUUGCUCAUUGGGAACGGAGCCAACAUCAACGCUCAGAACACUCAGAGCGCCACGCCACUGCACCUGGCCUGCCAGAACAGCCACCUGCAGGUGGUGACAUCCUUACUUGAAUGCAAUGCUAAAUUAAACAAGAAGGAUCACUUUGGAAAUACACCCUUGAUUUAUACAUGCCUGAGGGGACAUCUGGAGACAGCCAUGGUGUUGCUGGAGAGUGGAGCAUCGCUGAAUGUUGCCAACAAUCAGGGGAACACAGCUCUGCACGAGGCAGUGAAGGGAAGCCACCGCCCCCUGGUGGAGCUGCUGCUGCAGUGCGGGGCGUCGCUGCAGGUGAGGAACAAGCGGCUGCGCACUCCACUAGACUGCGCCGAGGAGAUGUGUGGCAGGAACACUGAGAUUCUGAGGAUUCUGCAGAAAGCCCCGCGGUGCACAGGAGCUGUUGGCACACCGACACUCAAAACACCUGCAAAAGAAAUAUCUGGAGAACUACGGAAAUCUCCAGCUUCUGGGAAGCAACUUAAAACACUUGACGACCCCAGCAGAAGACUUGUCCAGACAAUUAAUGGAACACACCAUUUAAGGAAACCACGUGACAAACGUGUUCCCAGCUUUGACAACGCUCUGCUUCAUCAGUUAGCAAUAAAGAAGUCUGACAAAACGAAGCUGAGACAUGCCGAGACUAUAGAUCGACUUUUUACAGCAACCACUGAAACCGAAGGGGAAGCGACACGAAACACUAAGGUUGUCAGCGCUCGGAGUCGCAGCCACACAGCCACCGAGGAGCACAUGCCUGACAGCGCAGGGGCAUACUGUGUGGAGCCAGAAGACUUCUUUGACUCUCCAAAUAAAGUCAACGGGCACGCAAGCACAUGCGACCGCACACACAAUACAAACCAGAGAAUGAACUGUGCUGAAAUAAUGCCACGGGAAAUGAAAGAACUAACUCUGAAAAGCGAGCCAGGGAGCUUUUCUGAAGAAGACUCUAGUGAGGAGCAAUCCUUCUCGUCCCUUACGAGCCUUGCCUCUCAGCAAGACUGUAAUACAGAGCAGGCAGUAGAUCUCCAAGGGACAGGCCACUAAACAACAGGAACUCCACUGCAUUUGACCCAGCAAGCAAACUACCUUUUAAAGUCAAGGUCUAGAGAGUGCAUUUUCAAUAGGUAAUUUAGUAUCCAUUUCAUGGGCCUAAUCACAAUGCUUAAAGUGGCUGUAGCCAACACAAUAAUUCCAUAAAUGAAUGUUGUACAAUACAGUUCUCCACGUCGCAUCAGUUGUGAAAGAAACUUGUGUUCUGGAAGCAUGUAUUUUCAUUAAAAAAAAUAUCUGGCAA